AUGGACGUAUUGUCUGAAUGCCUUAUUCAUAAAAUACUCUCUUAUCUUAGUUUUGAAGAAGCAGCUAAGUUGAGCCUCGUCUCGAAAACAUGGCUACACGCUUGGUUAGCUCAUCCCAACUUGGAAUUCACCUUAGUGUCUUCAGAACAUGGCCACAAUAUUCAUGAUAGGAACAUUGUGGAUCAAAUAAUGGAGCGAUAUAGGCAAACGAAAAUCCCUAUUGAAAAUUUUCACCUUUCGGUUACAAUUUUUGCUCAUCCUUUUGCGUUCCCUCAGAUGGAUAAGUGGCUCGACAUUGCUCUUCAGAAUGGUGUAAAAUAUUUAUCUUGUGAGGUUUCUCUCCCUUCAUACCCUUUCCCUAUUUUCAAAUUCUUGGCACCAAAUUCCUUAAGAGAAUUGGUUCUGUCCGGAUGUAAUCUCAUGGAUCAUUCAUUAUCUAUUACCAAAAUCUGUCAUUCUUUGAGAAAGCUUUCUCUAAGUGAGGUUGGAUUAGACGAUAGCAUGCUUCGAGAUCUGCUCAAUUGCUGUCCUUUGAUUGAUGAUUUCAUCAUUCAGCAUUGUCGUUCAUUGACAAAGAUUGAGCUGCGGAAUCUUCAAAAUAUCAAGUCAGUGUCUAUUAGUUGCUGCAGGAACCAGAGUGUGAAAAUCCAGACGCCGACUCUACAACACUUGUCUUAUUUUGGGUGUUUCCGAGAAGAUUCCCCUGUAUUUGAUAUUGUUGAAUGUCGAAAUCUAAAAUCUUUAGAGCUAACAGAUAUGAGGGUAUCUGAAGGAUUUCUCCAGCGCCUUAUUUCUACAUCUCAAUUCCUUGAGAGUUUGGCAUUAGAUAACGUUUCUACAAGGUUGGAAAGGUUCAAAAUCAGCGGGAGUCCAUCUCUAAGGUUCGUGGCGAUUGAGAAUUGUAAGGGACUACAGGAGAUUGAUGCACCAAAUUUGGUAUCACUCGAAUAUGAUGGCGAUCAGAUUCCUGAGCUUAAAAUUGCAAAAAUGUCUCGCCAGUUGAAGAAAUCAGAAAUAUAUCUUGAUAACUUGAAAAAAUUGAAUGCUGCAUGGUUUGGUGAGUUGAGAAAAUUUCUAUCAAAGUCGAGCUCUUGGUCUCUAGUUUCCCUUAGUUUUGAGGAAUGCGGUGAGAUCAACAUGAAAGAUUUGGUACUGAAUUCUAUAGUUGCAACACCCAAAGUGCACGAUUUAGUUGUAUGUAUAGAAUCGUCUAACAAGUACCCGAGAUUACUUGUGGAUGCUUUGCUAUGGAGUUGUCAUCCUACGAGACUCGUCCUAAAAUCAACCAUUCAAAUGAUAUGUUGUUUCAUGGAUCGUUUAAUGGAUAUGAGGAAUUCGAGGCGUUCUACUUGUCAUGAAAGCAAGCGUCGCAAAUCUAGUCAAUUAAAAGACGUAAAAGUCUGUAAAUUUGAGACGGAGCAUCCGUGUGUGGAACUCGAAAGUGGAGAGCUGGCAAUGAGGGACCUUACAGAGACGGAAACAGUUUCGUUUGAAUUAUAUUGGUGA